AUGCCAAUACAGGCGCCCCAAUGGACAGAGUUUCUCAGCUGUCCCGUUUGCUGCAACGAGUUUGCGGCGAACUCGCGCCCACCGAUCAGUCUAGGGUGCGGACACACCAUCUGUCGCACCUGUCUGGCCACGCUCCACCACAGACAGUGCCCCUUCGAUCAGACUGUUAUAUCGACUGAUUUAGACUAUCUACCGAUCAACAAUGCACUGCUGCAGCUAGUCAGCACUCCGGUGGUCCCGCCGUCCUCGUCGUCCACGUAUGGCAGCAAAGGAAACGGAGGGGGUGGUGCUGCGCUUGGUGCUGCUGCUGCGCUCGCCAAUGGUGGCACCUCAUCGCCGGGGGCGAGCUCUCAGGGAGCGGUCUGUGGGAGCCGAAACAAUAGCACCACCAGCAGCAGUAAUGGCAGCAGCACCAGUAGCGCUAGUAGCAGCAGCAGCACCAGCAGUAGUAGCAGCAACAGCAGCUCCGAUGGUAGUGCGAGCAGCAACUGUAGUACCGCUUCCCCGGGGGGCAGCCUCAAGAGUGGCCCGGCGGCGGACCCGGAUCUGAGCUCCACCAGUGUCCAGAGCUUGAACGCGGACGAUCUGCAAUGCUACAAGACUGCCAAGUCCUGCAUCGAGCAGCUGGCACUCUACCUGAAACCAUGCCCGGCGACGUCGCUGGCCACGAGUGGCGGCGGCGGUGGCGGUAGCUCGACAGCGGGACUGAGUGGCGGAAGCAAUGGUGGCGGCGGCGGCGGUGCUAGUUUGCUGUCCCGCCAGAUGCAGCGGAAGCUGGUGAUCCUGGUGAACUGCCAGCUGAUCGAGGACGAGGGCCGGGCACGGUCGCUGCGUGCCGCGCGCUCGCUUGGCGAGCGCACGGUCAUGGAGCUGAUCCUGCACCACCAGAACCCGCAGCAGCUCAGCACGAACCUGUGGGCGGCGGUGCGGGCCCGCGGCUGCCAGUUUCUCGGCCCGGCCAUGCAGGAAGAGGUGCUGAAGCUGGUGCUGCUGGCGCUCGAGGACGGGUCGGCCCUCUCGCGGAAGGUGCUCGUGAUGUUCGUGGUGCAGCGCCUGGAGCCGCACUUUUCGCAGGCCUCCAAGACGAGCAUCGGGCACGUGGUGCAGCUGCUGUACCGUGCCAGUUGCUUCAAGGUGUCCAAGCGGGAGGGCGACUCAUCGCUGAUGCAGCUGAAGGAGGAGUUCCGCACGUACGACGCCCUGCGGCGCGAGCACGAUGCGCAGAUCGUGCAGAUCGCGACGGAGGCGGGCCUCCGGAUCGCGCCCGAUCAGUGGUCCUCGCUGCUUUACGGGGACACCGCGCACAAGUCGCACAUGCAGAGCAUCAACGAUAAGCUGCAGACACCGCAGUCGUUCGUACAGUCCGUGCAGGAGCUCAUCAUCGCGCUCCAGCGCACGGGCGAUCCGGCCAACCUGUCGCCGCUCCGGGGCAACCUGAAGCACCUGGCCGGGAUCGACUGGAACGCGGAGAACCACAUCCCGAGCUGGUCGGAGUGCUCCGCCGCGCUGCAGGCCGUCAAGCGGGUCGUGGCCGGACUGGUGGAGUUUGUGCAGCACCACGGCAACCGGAAGCUACAGGAAGCGGGCCACCUGGCGCACAACCGAAACUACAAGAUUAGCCUGUGCCGCGACCUGAACCACCGCGGCACGUGCCCCCGCGGACCGAACUGUACCUUUGCCCACUCGGAAGAGGAGCUGGAGAAGUACCGGACGAAGUUGCGCAAGAACCAUGGCGCCGCGCUGCGCCCUCCGUUGGCGAACGGAAAAGAGGCCGGUGGUACGGCGACGGCGGUUAACCGACCGCGAUCGGACCGCCUGAUGGACUACGGUGGCGAUGGUGGUGGUGGAGCGAUGCAUCAGAGUUCGUCCUCCUCGCACGGGUACCAUUCGUCGGGUGAGGAAGCGUCUCCGGUUCGCUAUCAAAAACCACCGAUGGGUCACCACCACCGGAUGGUGGACAAGACCCCGCUCGGGAGUGGGGCCAGUGGUGGCAGUAACGGCCCGGGACACCAUAUGGGUGGAGGAGGAGGUGGUGUGUCCAUUCACGCGCUCGGCGGCGGUUCGGCGAAUCAAUCCGGAUCGACGAUGAACGGCGGUCGAACCGGGUACGGUCAUCAGCAGCAGCAGCAGCAACAUGGAGGAACGUCGGGAGGAGGCAGCGGAAUGAACUAUCACCUCGCUCGUCCACCUCACCAUGGCCCUCCGGGACAGUCUCAGGGCGUUGGGCACCAUCACAACGCCGCUUCGAUGCGUUACCGUCCGCCCCAUCACAUGGUGUCGGGCGGAGGGCCCGCCACUGGAGGUGGUAGCGGAGGCAGCAGUGGCUACCUGGGAGGCCCCCCUCACCCGGGCAUGCUUCCCCAUCACUACGGAGCCAAUAGUAACCAUCACCACCACCAUCAUCUCCCGGCGGGCGCUUCCGGUGGUUCCGGUUAUCCGCCAACAGCACCGCAACAACCACCACCGAGCGGCGCACCGGGGCAGCACUCCGGUCUGGAGCAACAUCAUGGCCCCCCGCUACCGCCGCCACCUCCACCAGCUACCUCUUUGCACCAUGCACCGUUCCACGGUGGCCAAAGCAUGGCGCAACAUGGCGGAACGGACUUCCACGGACCGUCGCCAACGCCGCAGGGAAGCUAUCCUCUGAUGGCGCCACCGUUCGGCAAGAGUGGCCAACCGGGAGGCGGUGGCGCGCCCAUCGCCAACACGCCAGCGACUGCCAGCUCGGUGUCUCCCCACGGAGUUCCCACGGGGAUGGUUUCCAAGUACGGUGCCAGCGGUGCGGGUUCUGGACCUAUGAUGCAUCAUCAUAGUCAACACUAUCACCCGCACCCUCACAAGCUACCUCCGCAGCAUCCAGCGCGCACCGAUUAUAAAGACAAGCAUCACAACGGUGCCGUUGGUCGCAUGGUGGGGCCACCAGCCAGCCAUGCGGCAGCGGCGGCGGGACCCAUGUCGGCGUAUACUGCGGGUGCGGGUCGUAAUGGUGUGACGGGAGCACCACCACCAGCUCAUGCGCACUAUCCCGGCGAUCCAACGGUCUCGAAUGGAGCCGGUCCGGGGUCACGCAACAACGGUGCUGCAGGCGGUAUCUUCCACCCGAUGCCUCUGCAGUAUCAACGGGGCGGUGGCGGCGCACCACCACCACCGGACGCGGGGUACGCUUUCCCGAAGAUGCUGUUCGAUGGAGCGCCGGCGGGCAAGAAGCCUUCCUUCACGCAGCAACUUCUCAAUCAGCACUUCAGCGAUCUCGGUCUGGCACCGAACGCACCCGGCAGCGGUGGCACCAUUCCGGUUAAACCGGACACGUUCAUUCGCUCCGACUCGCUGCUGGCGGACGAUGAUGCGCUGCUGGUGGCGGAGCAGGACUUUGGCUCUGCCGCCCAGUACGGCCCGAUCUCGCGCAUGAAUCCGAUCGGUACGGAGCGUAUCGAUCUAGGACUGACGCCUCGGCCGCCUGGAACACCGAGAAGCACCACCGCCGGCAUCGGGGGGCGCGACUGGUGGGCUAGUUCCGUUUCGAUCGGUGAACAUUCGCCAACCAACAGCAGUUCGGCAGCUUCGUCGCCAUUCUAUCACGGCACGGGAAGUACCGGCACCACCACCGGUGGCAACGUGGCCACAGCGCAACACCACAAGCAUCCAUCGACGUCGUCGGGACUCCCGCCGCCACUGGAACCGAACAACAACACGCUCGACUACGAUCUGCGUGCGGUGGAGAAGAAGGGGGUGCUCGAUUACGAUGAUCAUCCGACGGGUGCGGGAUCGGCUGAUUGCUGUGGCGGUGAUCCUUCGGGCGGUGUCGAUACACUGCAGCCGCCGGCCGGCCCAAUGGUUGCUCCGGGUGAGCAAACUGGCUUCCUGCUGCAAUCGCUCGUCGGCAGCUCGCCUGCCAUGAGACCGUACACAACGCAUCCGUACGCGUCCCCGGACGGCGGUGAGUCGAUCAAGCCGGACCAUUGCUCGUCGCCAGUACUUGCCGCUGCCGAUCGUACCAACAUCGACGAGCAUCGUAAGAUUGGCGACAUGAAGCUGGCGUCAGGAAUGCAGUCACCAGCACCGGGAAUGAUGCUGUCAACUUCGUCGAUUGUCGCCGGGGAGGUAUCAUCGGGCGCACCGACACCGGGCAGCAUGUGGAACAAUCUGCUCGAUCUAUCCAGUCUCAAACCAUCGACCGGUGGAGAUCAAAUGGAGCUGGUGGAAGGCAGUAACGCUGGGUGCAACAACGGUAGCGGCACACCCUUUAAGCUUCAGACGAUGAUGGACACUUUCAUGGGCAGCAGCAGCAGCAAGGCAAUGUACGGCAAUCCGUCGUCUGCCGCUGGUGGUAUGCUAAGAGGGCCAGGAGAAGUAGCAAGCGAUCAUCAGCAGCAGCUGCCCCAUAGCUACGCCGCGCUCGGCAUUGGUCUGCAGCAACAGCAGCAUCACGAUGGUGGGGGUCGGUGCAAUGGUAACGGUGAAAUGGGACGACUUCAUGAGAUGCUGAAUGUAACGACCACUGCCAGCAGCCAACCGACGUCCCCAGGCAACGAGGAGCAACGCAAAGCCAACGCAUACAAGGAUCUGACUGAUCUUCGUGGCCAGCCACGCACUAACCCGACGACCGUCAUGCUAGCGUCGGUGACAUCGGCCUCAUCGUCCUCGCCUUCAGCAGCCUCCUCCUGUACGACGGCACCGGCCAGUGGUGGCAGCCUCAACCUGCACAUCGAUCCAACAACGGUCGCUGCCGCCUCAAUGUGGAACAACCUGCUGGAUUUGUCCAGCCUGAAACCGGCGGGACUGACGGGAGGUGGUUCAUCGCCAGCGCUCGGUGCGGUAGUAGACACCGUCGGUGGUGGUUCGGCGGGAGCCUGCGAUAAUGGCGGUGGUGGCACGCACAUCGGUGUUAGCAGUAACAACAGCACGGGCAACGGUAGCUGUGAAGAUUCGUACGAAGCGGGUAUUGCGGAUGAUAUGCGCGAGUUGGAGCUAAGACUCGAGACAGAGCUGCAGCUCGACGAGAACGGUAUAUAA